UCUCAAGUCUGUUGUGAAGACUUUUGGUUUCGUUGUGGCUACUGCGCCAGGACCUCUGAUAAGCCUGUGCCGCUCUCUUUUGGUGUUCGCGUUUCAGUGGUGUCACGGCCUUUCACUUCUCCAUCUUUCCUUUCAUGCCCCCUAACCUCACCAGCUAAGUAAUUCCAAAUAUCCACGGAAUCUUCUCUUCUUUCUUUUCUCGAUCCAAAAAUCCUUUCUUCCAAACAACCAUCUCCAACUCCUCAACAAUACUUCCCGAAUCUGAUCCCUCCACGGGCCAACCGCCAUCAUGUCCUCAAUUCUUAAUACAUCUACGACCGUCGAAACCGUCACGCCCCUCGGCCCCAAUAUCACCAUCCAACAAGCCCUCUCCCUGCUGCACUCGAACGAGAAGAUGCUGGCCCUCAACCCGAUCCUCAAGUCACACAAACUCCUCCCUGAAUCCUCCUCAGUCGCCUUCUUUAAGCACGUUCCAGCAGAGAAUAAGCCCCCUGCAACCGGCGAAUACGAUGGCGUUAUCCCCGUUUACGAGAUCGUUGAAGCGAUGGAGAGUGGGACCGCAGAAGGAGAGGCACAGAGUGGAAGCUGGCGGGGUGGAUGGGCAAGCAGGUUUAUUCCGGAUACGAUUACGUAUGAGAGUAGCAUCCAAAAUACACCCAGUGGGAUGGUCAGCAUCACGCAUGCACCGAUGGGUGUUCAUUCUAUUACUACGUGGGUUGUUAGGGAGGCUACGGAGGAGGAAGGCAAGGGGCCGGUGCUUGAGAAGACUGGCAAGGUCACGAGCAACAGGAUGUUGAUGGGCUUUAUCAAGACGACAUUACAGGAGAGUUAUGAGAAACUCUCUAGGGACUUUGUGGCGGCGUUGGAUAGGGAUAUUGCUGGGCAGCAGGAGGUUGAGAAGAUUACAUAAUGUUUAGAUAUUGGUGCGCUGCAGUUUUGGUGGACGAGUGCUUUUGGCCUGGUGGAAGGCUUUCAGGGAAGAAUGCCCUAUGACACGGCGUUUUGCAUUUUGAGAAUAGACUUGUUUUAUAGAGCACAUUCCUUAUUCCUAUGAGUCCUGGAUGUGACAAGUGUUGUCAGUUGUAAA